AUGAGUAACCAUACCGUGGUAACAGAAUUUAUCCUGCAAGGUUUCUCGGAGCACCCAGAAUAUCAUGUGCUCUUAUUCUGCUGUUUCUUCUCCCUGUAUUCUGUGGCCCUUACGGGCAACAUCCUCAUCAUUUUGGCUAUCAGCUUCAACCCUGGGCUCCAUACACCCAUGUACUUUUUUCUCUUCAACUUGGCCACCAUGGACAUCAUUUGCACUUCCUCUAUCAUGCCGAAAGCAUUGGAGGGGCUGGUGUCACUGGAGAGCUCCAUCUCCUAUGGGGGCUGCAUGGCCCAGCUCUACUUUCUCACAUGGUCUGCAUCUUCUGAGCUCCUCCUCCUCACGGUCAUGGCCUAUGACCGAUAUGCAGCCAUCUGCCACCCCCUGCACUAUGGUACCAUGAUGAGCAAGGGCUUCUGCAGCGUGCUGGCCACAGGUGUGUGGGUUCUCUGUGCCUUCAACACGGCCAUCCACACUGGGUUGAUGAUGCGCUUGAAUUUCUGUGGCCCCAAUGUCAUUACCCAUUUCUUCUGCGAGGUCCCCCCUCUAUUACUUCUCUCCUGUAGCUCCACUUAUGUGAACAGCAUCAUGAUUGUCCUGGCUGAUGCCUUUUAUGGCAUACUGAACUUUCUGAUGACCAUAGUGUCCUACGGGUUCAUCAUCUCCAGUAUACUAAAGAUGCGGACAGCAGAGGGGAAGAAAAAAGCCUUCUCCACUUGUUCGUCCCACCUGAUUGUGGUGUGCAUGUACUACACUGCGGUCUUCUAUGCCUACAUCAGCCCAGUCUCUAGCUACAAUGCGGAGAAGAGCAAACUGGCCGGUGUGCUGUACACCAUGCUGAGCCCUACUCUCAAUCCCCUCAUCUAUACUCUGAGAAACAAGGAGGUCAAAGGAGCACUCAGGAAGCUCUUCCCCUUCUUCAGGAAUUAA